AUGACCACCACCGCCGCCGGCAGCGCCGCCGGCGACAAUAAUGCCGAGCUUCCGCCGCCUCCGCCGCCGUCGGCAAGUGACAAGACGGGUUUCCUCAAGACCUGCUUCAAUGGAGUCAAUGCUCUCUCAGGGAUCGGGCUGCUGUCCAUCCCCUACGCGGUGUCGCAGGGCGGCUGGUCCAGCCUGGCCAUCUUCCUCGCCAUCGCCGCCAUCUGCUGCUACACGGGCAUCCUCCUGCAGCGCUGCAUGGACGCCAGCCCGCUCGUGGCCACCUACCCGGACGUCGGCGCGCUGGCGUUCGGCCGCCGGGGCCGCCUCGCCGUCGCCGCCUUCAUGUACCUCGAGCUCUACCUCGUCGCCGUCGACUUCCUCAUCCUCGAGGGCGACAACCUGCGCAAGCUGUUCCCGGCCGCGGCGGGCUUCCGCCUCGGCGGCCUCCGGGUCGGCGCCAAGCAGGGGUUCGUGCUCGCCGCCACGCUCGCCGUGCUGCCGACCACGUGGUUCAGCAGCCUCGGCGUGCUCGCGUACGUUGCCGCCGAGCCUUAG